AUCAUAACCAGACAACAUAUCCAAUAUAUUCCAAACAGCUUCAUGUCAUUAAUUUCAUCACAUGAUUUUUUUUUAUUUUUAAAAGUUAUUAGCAUAUAAACAUUGGUUAUGUACUGCUUUUUAAAUAUCUAAAGUAGAUAAAUUUUGUAAAUAGAUUUAAUUUUAGUACUGAAAUAUAACUAAUGCCUGGGUCGCGGCAUUUUACUGUCGAUGCUAUUAGAAAGGAUUUACCGGAAAAAAUCAAUGAAGUCGAACUAGAAAAAUGGCAAAAUAUCAGUUAUUUAUUACAACAAGGACAGUCAAACACUGGGAAACUAAUUGAGAAACCAUCUGUACGGAAAAUACGCCUUUUGAAAAUCAAUGGAAAUAGAAAAGAAAAAACAACCUUUCUCAAAUUUUUAAGUGAAGGAGCUCUUCUCAUCAAAGAAUAUAUCAAAGCUGAAAUUGCCGAUGUGUACAUUGUAGAAGACGAGAAGAUUUGUAGGUUACUCUACAAACACGGUUAUCCAUCGAUGGGUGCUGCAUGGCCAGUUGGACCAGGAACAGUAGUUUCAGCGUAUGUUGCCUUUUGUGGAGAAACUUUAAUUCUUGACGAAAAAUCAGAUUACCAUAAAUUGUAUCCUCUUGGAACAGGAAGAGGAGGGCUCAAACCAAUACAUUUGAUAAGCAUUCCUAUGUUAACUGAUGAUGGAAAUUGCAAAGCUGUGUAUGAAUUUGGUAAAAUCUCUCCAGACAAGAAAUUUAAUCGAGCCGAAACUAGCAUGUGUUCAUGCAUGGUCGCAUGGUUAGGACAAUCUAUCAUAACGAAACCAGUUCAAUUUGGACCGAGUGUUGAGACAUAUCAAUCAUUGUUUAGUGCCUUAGAACGAUUUCAGGUCUCACAUGCAGAUCCAGAAAUUUUGAUAUCUGAUAUUUUGAAAGUACUAUUAAACACUGUACCUAUGGAGAAAGUAAACUAUUAUGAAGUAAUCAAAGGUGAAGAAUUUAGGUGCAGAUUACGAGCACAAGUGGGAAACGAUAAAUGGCAAUGCUGUCCUGAGUAUAUAUUAAAAGAGGGAGAUUUCAUUAAAACGAUUAUCGAUAAUCAUACCAGUAAAAGUAUGUCAAGGGAUGAAAUAGCAUUGCUUGACGAACCGCUUAAAUAUAACUUCAGAGGCGUAGUUUCUUAUCUGUGUGUUCCUAUUGGUAUAAAAACAAAAACAAGAGGAGUUGUAGAACUUAUUAAUAAGAAAGACGGAGAUACUUUUAGUGAUUUUGACAUAGAUGAAGCCACCAGGUGUGGUAUCCAUUGUGUUGCAGGCCUCCGCUUUAACAGAUUAUAUUUGAAAAAACAAAGAACGUUCGCUAUGUGUGAAAACCAAAGCCGGACCCUGCUACGUCACAUGAUUCCGUGCUCCCACGAUUUAGAACUUGUAAAAUAUAAAAUGGCCAAUUUAAAUGUACCCCUGAUUUUUUCAAAUUUACUUACUAUCCAUCAGAAGAGGAACUGUCGGACUUGACAAUGUAUACAUUGUAUAUUUUUCGAGACGUGUUUCAAGUUCGUAAAAAUGAUAUAAAAACAACUGACAAAUUGUUAAACUUCAUUUUGAAAACGAAACAUGGUUAUAGGAAUCUUCCUUAUCACAAUUUCGAACAUGCAUUCAUUUUUUGUCAUUGUGUAUAUAUUAUCACGGGACUUAACUAUGACAUAUUUUCAGACUUAGAGAGAAAAGCACUGAUUAUAGCAGCGCUUUGUCAUGACAUAGACCACCGUGGAACAACUAAUAAGUUUAUUCAAGAUACUGGGCACCAACUGACAAAAUUAUAUCAUGAUUCCUUCUUGGAAAAUCAUCAUGCAAGUAUGUGUAGGAUGCUUGUCCAGGAUUGUGGGAUCUUUUCUGAUUUGAGUUCCAACGAUUACGAAACAGUUAUAAAAAUUAUUAACUUGGCUAUAUUAUCUACAGAUCUGAGUCUCCAUUUCUCAGCACGGUAUAAAAUGGUAGAUAUUCUUAUGAACAAUUCGUUUUCACCGAAAAACAAGGCUCACAAGGACCUUCUUAUAGCAAUACUAAUGACAGCCUGUGAUUUAUGUGGUCAAUGCAAAUCUUUUAGAGUGACUGAGAGAUUGUGCAGGAAUUUAUACAAAGAAUUUUAUGCUGAGGCUGACCUAGGAAUUAAGUUUGGUAUCCCACCAGUCUAUGUAAUGAACAAAAUGUAUAACCAAGAUGUACCAAAAUAUCAAGUUCAGUUCAACUCAGAAGUUUGUGUGCCUUGCUAUUACAUUUUAAGUGCUAUACUAGAAAAUACUAAAGAACUUCAUAAGCGGUGUUGUGAUAUCUGCGAGAUAUGGGACAGAAUAAGCUCUUCUGGAAGUAGUUGGAAUGUGUUUACUGAAGAAUAUAUUUAUCCUACAUAGAUAAAUAUUAAGAUUAAAAGAUAUAUCAUCAUUGAA